GUUUGAAUGCCGAAAGUCACAACAAGCCGAUAAAGCUGGAGUUAAGAGAACCUGGACAAAGAAGCUAAAACAUGUGAUAUAUUAUCAUUUUGGAAUAAAAGUGAAUUCUUAAGGUUGAGAGAACUUUAAAGAAUUAGUGGUAGUAUGGGAUGUGUGAGUACCAGGCAAACAGGUGGUGGUGUGGAUCAGAGGCAGAAACCCGGUCCUGGACUAGAAGUUAAUAAAUACUCCAGUAAUCCAACUCAGAAUUUAUCAGCACUGUUGCCUGGGCAAGUUCUCCAGAAUGGAGAGGCUGCAUCCACAGACAACAAAAUCGUUAUUGCCUUAUUCUCAUACAAAUCCGAGAAUAAGAACGAGCUAACUUUCAAGAAAGGAGAGAAAUUCGUAGUGUUGGAUGAGAAUGGCGAGUGGUGGAAAGGAAAGUCACUUUCUUCUGGCAAAGUAGGAUUAAUACCUUCCAAUUACGUGAAGCUAGAGGAAACCAUGGACACCAAAGAAUGGUACUUUAAAAACAUUAGCAGAAUAUCAGCUGAGAGAAACCUCCUGUCUCCUGCCAAUAAGACAGGUGCCUUCCUUAUACGCCAGAGUGAGACAACCGCAGGAAGUUACUCUAUGUCAAUAAGAGAUGUGGGUCCUAAUGGUUCAGGUGUGGUAAAGCAUUAUAAGAUACGCCUGUUGGAAGACGGAGGAUUUUACAUUACUCCAAGAAUGACUUUCAAAACGUUAGAUGACCUGAUUGCAGCCUAUCAGAGGCAGGCAUAUGGUUUAUGUCAGAAAUUAGGCGAACCAUGUGUGAAACCUAAAAAAGCAAUCCAGUGGGAUGAAGAUGCUUGGGAAAUUUCCAAGGAAUCUCUUCAUAUGACAAAGAGGCUCGGAGCUGGUCAGUUUGGUGAGGUCUGGUUAGCAAUGUAUAACAACGUUACUAAAGUGGCAGUGAAGACCCUGAAGCCAGGAAGCAUGUCAGUUGAGGCAUUUCUGGAGGAGGCUAACUUGAUGAAAACUCUGCGGCAUGACCGCCUCGUCCGCCUUUACGCCGUGGUCACCAAAUCACAGCCCCUCUACAUCAUCACUGAAUUCAUGGCUAAUGGGAGCUUGUUAGACUUUCUGAAAAGUCCACCAGGCAGAAAAAUACAGCUGCCUAAACUGAUUGACUUUGGAGCUCAAAUUGCAGAAGGCAUGGCGUACAUCGAAAAGAAGAACUACAUUCACAGAGACCUGAGAGCUGCAAAUGUACUCGUCAGUGAAAGUCUGCUGUGCAAGAUUGCUGACUUCGGCCUGGCUAGGGUCAUCGAGGACAAUGAAUAUUCAGCCAGGGAAGGUGCUAAAUUCCCCAUUAAAUGGACUGCACCAGAAGCUAUAAACUAUGGUUCAUUCACCAUCAAAUCAGAUAUGUGGUCAUUUGGCAUUCUUCUCUAUGAGAUCAUCACCUUCGGUAGAAUCCCCUAUUCAGGUUUAAGCAACGGCGAAGUGAUGGCACGAGUGCAGCGUGGUUAUCGCAUGCAGUGUCCUGAAAACUGCCCAUCUGAACUGUACGACAUCAUGACUUCAUGCUGGAAGGCCAAACCAGAGGAGCGACCCACUUUCGAUUUCAUGCAGAGUGUCCUGGAGGACUAUUACACAUCCACAGAGGGCCAGUACCAGAGCCAGCCAUGAUACCAUGCCAGAUCCAAAACAGUCAUGAACAUGAUGUGGACAUGAGAGCUCCAGCAACAUCCAGUGAGCAGGUUGAGGGCCACUUUGCCAAGGACACACUUCCUGAAAUUGCACAAAGAAAGAGAAAACCUUGAGAGGGACAAAAAAAAUAAGAAACUUCAACUCAGAAGGUGGAGUCUGUCCUGCCCCUGCAUAGUAAUUAUUAAAUUAUGUAUUCAUUUUUUUUUAGUGAUCGACAUUUCAUUUCAUGUGAAAGAAUUUCAAAAGGAACGAGAUGAAAACCUUCAAACAAAGAGCCCACAGCUCAGUCCUGUGUACACAAAUUGAACUGCACUCACUGGCCACUUUAAUAGGAGCACCCCAUUAUCCAGUCAGCUAAUCAUAUGGGAGCAGCACAAUGCACCAAUUCAUGCAGAUACGGGUCCAACGUUUCAGCUAAAGUUUGUAUUAAACACAAUAUUCGGGAAAUACAA